UCAAAAAGAUCAAAAUCUCAAAACUAUAUCACCUCACUCUUCUAGCCCCUUUCUUCCUUAGAUUUAUUUUUCUUAAAAAAUGGAUCUUGAAGAGUGGGAGAUUCUUCCUGAUGAUGGAUUCCUUCAAAUCCAUGAUGAUGAUGGAAAAAUGAUAUUUUCAAGAAAAUAUUCAUCUGAUAAUUCCAAGAAUGAAUUCAACAUGAAUUAUUUCAUUUGUCCAUCUCCAAAAUCACCUCAAUUUGUUGACACAACACAUCAAUUAGUCCCUUUGGAUCCAACUUUUCAAGAAACCUCAAAUGAUCAAGAAAAGGUUAUUAUUCCCAAAGAAGUCAUAACUAAAGUCCCUCUUGAGCUUAAAGUUCCAAACUUUGGUGAACAUCAUGAUCAAUUCGCACAAGUUUUUUUCAAGAAAAUGAAGGAAAAUGAAUUUGACAACAUGAAAAUGGACUCACCAAAGUCUGUUAACAAGAGUCUUUUGUCACAAUUUGAGGAGAAAACAGAGGAUUUUGAGGUUGAAAAAGAUAAGAAAAUUGAAGAAAAUGGUAAUAGUGGAUUGAACUUGUUGAACAAGAGUUUAAAUGGUAUUGGUGCUAUUUGUUCUUUUGGUGUUGCUGCUGCUGCUACUAUUUGCAUCAUAUUCAUUGGUAAUCACCAAAAACAUAAGCAGAAUCAGAAGAUUAGGUUCCAAAUCUUUACUGAUGAUAAGAGGAUCAAGCGUGUAGUUCAACAUGCAACAAGAUUGAAUGAAGCAAUUUCAGCAGUGAGAGGCGUUCCAGUAACAAGAGCACACAUUACAGUUGGAGGUUACUAUGAUGCUCUUUAAAUGUUCGGUCCACGGAUCGUAAACUUCUUUUUUCCAAAGAAGAAGCAAUGACGGUAUCUGGAGAAUAAGUGUCGGUUAACUUUGUGCUAUCAAACUCUAGUACAUAAAUAUAGGAUUUUUAUUAUAAUGUUGUAUAUAAUUCCAAGAUUCUACAGAGCUUAUAGUAAAGUCUUCUAUUAUGAGAAAUUGGUGUAUGGUUAAGAUAAAUGCAAUAUUAUUCCAUGAAUGUUAAAUUUUGUGGUGAA